GGCGCUCUCAGUCUCGGCCGACUCUUUAACGCUCUCGCCGCACCCCUUUUAGCGAAUACUCCGGAGCUUGAGGACUCUGCUAUCCUUCGCUUCGCAACUCUGCCUCUCUCUCCUGACUCCCAAGCGAUCGCCCAAACCCUUGUAUUUCCCAACUUAUACGACCACUAAUUUAACCCUCAGAAUUAUUCUCUUCUUCUAAAUAGGAAAAUAUCCUUUUGUAAAGCCUUGUGGAGCUGAGCCCCAGGGCAGAGCUGAAAAGUUGCAGUAGGGCAGGGCAACCCCAUGAACAUUUUCUGAAGAUGAAUGACGAAUCUAUCAAGAUACAGCAUUCUGGCAUCUGAUAAUUUGAACGAAUAAAACGAGAAUCUUAAAAUAUACUCUCUUUGGGAGAGUCUGCCUUGUUCCAAUAGAUCCUUCACAUACCGUCUUUUGUAAGUGGAGAUAUUUAGACCCAAAUGUUACGCCAUAUGCCUGCAGUGUCUAUACCUCAUAUUAGUUCUCGCAGUACUUAUUCUCAUUUCAGCCAAGCACAGCAAGGAUAUGUUCAUUUUGCAACCAAAUGCAAAUCUUAUCGUUCUUCAUCAACCGGCUUUCAAGAAGCUGACUGUUCUCUAAAUGUUUCCAUUUGCAAUAAUAGACGAGCGCUGCAUCCGCUAAAGAUGUCUACUGUAGUGAGUUUAGUGGGACACCAAUUGCGAAUUAGAUCUUCGACUAGACACCGCAGUAUGAGUUUGAGGCUUUCUAUCCCUACCCGUGAAAGGCUUUUGAGAGUUAGUUGGAGUUUGAGGCGAAUACCAUGGAGAGUAGUAGGUAUUUCUACUGGAUUAUGCUUGAGUUUUUCAGCUUCUGGAACAGUAUAUGCUGAAUCUUCCAUGGGAAAAGAUGAUGGCAAUACUGAAAGUAUAGCAAUACCCAUCACCUCGUCUCAUGGGAAGAAGGUUUACACUGACUAUUCCAUAAUUGGCAUACCUGGAGAUGGGCGAUGCUUGUUUCGCUCCGUGGCUUAUGGAGCACGCAUUCGAUCUGGCAGGCCGUUGCCUGAUGAAGACCUUCAGAGAGAGCUUGCUGAUGAGUUGAGGGCCAGAGUGGCUGACGAAUUUGUCAAGAGACGGGCAGAAACAGAAUGGUUUGUUGAGGGUGAUUUUGACACUUAUGUCUCCCAGAUCAGAAAGCCCCAUGUAUGGGGAGGUGAGCCGGAGUUAUUCAUGGCUUCACAUGUCCUCCGUAGGAUGCCUAUCAAGGUUUACAUGCUUGAUGAAGAUGCUGGCGGUUUGAUAACGAUUGCUGAGUAUGGCCAAGAAUAUGGGAAAGAUGAUCCAAUCAGAGUCCUUUAUCAUGGCUUUGGCCAUUAUGAUGCUUUGCUGAUUCCAGGAAGGAGAGUUUCAAAAGCAAGGCUAUAGCAUUUCAAAUGAAGUGAAAGAAAUGGUUGCAGCAUGCAUUCGUGUGGCGGCUAUAAUAUCUGGUUUGAAACUACUACAGUCCCCCAGAAGCUGGUACCCUGAGGAAGCAUUGUAGAAGAUAUGGGCAUAUGUCUCUUGCCAUGCACAAGGGGACUCAUGUGUAAUACUGAAGAAGGUUCAUCUUUACUUUUUCACAACUGAACUGCACAAUAAAACAUAAAUCUGAUGUGAUUGAAGAGCUUAAUGGAACAGAAAAGCUGGGGACUCCGAGCUCAAAGAGUUGUCUUUCUGGAGGUCCCAUUAUUGUGCUUUUCUAGAACAGUUCUCUGCCCAUCUGAGUUUGCACUUGUGUUGCUCGUUUUUUCAAGAACAAAGAAAAAUUCAGAGAAAAUUUCAGUGCAUACAUCCUGCACCUGUCGUAAGAUGA